AUGCAAUUAUGGUCCUCUUUUACUGUUUGGCUCUUUAUACUUAUACUUUUCUGGCUUUGGGGUCAUAGACAUUUUAUUCAUAUUCUUGACUCUAAAAUUAUUACUCCAGUCCUUUUUCUUUCAUUGUACUAUUUUAGAGCACUUGAAAUCAUUUACGAUAAAGGACAGAAGGUCAGUGAUAUACUAGCAGAGCAACAAUCUGCAAGAGAUGCUUCAACCUCUGGAGGUGGACUACGAUUCACUAAUGCAAUAGUAUUGUGGCUGCAGUGCGUUCAAGAUGUUUUAGAUGACAGGUUGAAUAAGCGGGUUGAUUCAAUGAUGGAACAAGGUCUUGUGAAUGAACUGUUAGAAUUCCAUCAUAAAUACAAUCAAGAGAGGCUAAAUACUAAUGUUGAUCCAGAUUAUACUAAAGGAAUAUAUCAAGCAAUAGGAUUUAAAGAGUUUCACAACUACUUAAUGUUAAGUAAUAAAGAGCAAUGUUCAUCUGAAGGAAAAUCUGAAUCAUCUAAAGCUGUUGAACAAUUGAAGCUAGUGACCAGAAGAUUUGCCAGGAAACAAAAGAGAUGGCAAUCUGAAGAAUUUAGAUUGUAG